AUGUUUCGUUUGAUAUAUGAGGGCUACGGCCCAGUCAAGGCUCUGUUGCUUCUUGGAAGCUGGAGAUCUGGAUCAAAGCCUGCCCAGAAGGUCAUCGGCCCCGACACUACUACCAUGAACGCCAAUAUGUCUCUUAUACAGGAGGGAAACUCGACCAUCAGCAUCACCCAAGCGGCCAUCAACGUCUUCCUGGCCUCGAAACAGGACGACGGUCUGAUCAGCGGCCUGGGCUACUGGCAGGUCGCAAACGGCUACACCGCCAUCGCCCUGCACGAUCUCUGGUCCAACACCCCGGUCUACGGCGACGUCUUGGACGAGCUUAUCGGCAAAGUCGAGGAGAACAACACAAAUUGUAUUAACGAUAUGAACGACGACUCGAUGUGGUGGGCCAUCUGUUCGCUGGAGCUCUUCGAUCUGACCGCAUCACCGAGUCAUCUUAGCGUCGCAGAGGCCAUCUGGGAGCACGUCAACCACUUUGUGAUCCCUGCGGGCAAAUAUGUCAUCAACGGCACCGACAUGGCCGGCGGGGUCAUCUGGUCGAGCAAGCCCAACGAAACCCAAGUCAACGCUAUCACCACCGGCCUCUACGCGGAACUGUCGGCGCGGCUGGCUUCUCAACAAGCGAACGAGACCGACAGAGAAGCGUUGCUCGCAUCUGCCAUCAACAGUUUCUCCUGGAUCUUGCGCAGCAGAUUUGAUCAAGACGAGUAUCUCGUCCUGGACCACGUCGACCUCAACACAGGCGAGAGCUACAAUUGGACGUUUACAUACAACACCGGCCAGGCGAUUGCCGCGUCUGUUGCCAUCUACAGUACCCUGAAGGCAAAGGAUUUGGACUUGAUCCAAUCGGCGACCACAGACGCAUACUUGGACCUGGCCUGCAACAUGGCAAGCCGCGCCCUGAAUCGAAGUAGUUGGGUCGACUCGAAUGGGACCUUGACAGAGCCCGGCGCGUAUCCCGGCACUGGCCCAGGCAAGAAGCCAGCAUGGCAGAACGACGACGCCAUCGGUUUCAAAGCCAUCUUGCUGCGGAGCCUCGUCAAGCUGUACAAGAUCCUUGUCCGUGACGACAGCCACCCGGAAAUGCAAACUCAGUUGGUCAAUUUUAUCCGCACGCAGUUUUGGAGUUUGCAGCUCAGGGAUACAAACGGGAAGGGACAAUACGGCCCCUGGUGGGAUGGGCCUAUGGAUUUGCCAACAAGUCACUCGCAAUUGGCGGCACUUGAUGUAAUGGCGGCGAUCCAUGCCGUAUCACAGAGUCGGUGA